UUGAGCAAACUUUUAUUUUUGUAGAAGUGGUUUUAAUUUUUUAAUUUGCUUUUCAAAAAAAUGACCAAAUUUUUAGCUUAUUACCAUUUAAGGCCAAUACAUGAUAUAAAAGACUUCAUAGGAAUUUCUGAAGACAGUAGUAAUUCAAAUAUUAUAGCAACCAUUGGAAGAAAUGUUGUCAGCAUCACAAAUAUUGCAAGUCAAAAAGAAAUUUGUAGCUGGACGGUUUUGGAUAAGUUAUCGAGUAAAGUUGUGUACGAUAAAGCAAGCAGAUCGUACGUUGGCGUAUUUGGCAAUUCUAGCAUCCGGUGUUGGAAUAGUGAAACAACAGAUUUAAAUAAUGUUAAAAAAUUAAAGUUUAAAAGAAAAAUAUUAGACUUAAUACCGAAUGACACCGAUAGUGUAUUAGUUCUUUAUUCGAAUGGAACAUGCGAACCUUUGCCUUCUGCUAUUGAAAACAGAAAAUUAUGUGAAGAAACUGAAGGAGAAUUUCGUGAAAAUAUGGAAAUAUUUCAAAGCAAGCUUUUCAAUAUUCCUAAUUCACCUUAUAAACUUUUAACUUAUUUUCUUAAAAGAGAUAAGAAAAUUGAGCUUGUAACUAUUUUACUAGAUAAAGAACUUAGCACAGUAGGGGAGCCAGUCUCUUAUUGUUUAAUUCGACAUGAUGAAAGUUUAAAAUUAGCUGGUUACACUAUUGUCGAAAAUCAAUUUUCACCUUGUCUCCUUACAAUUUGGUCGGAUAAAAGAAUAUUCAUAUUACCAUUAGAUAAAAAAUCAUCUCCAGAAGAUUCACCGGGCAGUUUUGUUGCAAUGUUAAAUGCCCUGAAUACUACACAGCCAUUGUCAAUAAUUGGGCUUUCGAAACACUGCAUUGUAAUUUAUGGGGCGAACACUUCUCAAGAAGGUGGUUCCCUUGUUCUUUUCAAUACGCAAUACAAUGUAGUUAAAGCAAAACAAUUUUUUAAAAUUUAUUUUAAUUUUUCAAAACUUUGGGUAAUCAAUAAUUAUAUAUUAUUAGCAAUGGGACAAAAUUUAUCUGUUAUUACUUUUGAUGUACGUCAAGAAUUACUUUGUGACAUGGUGGGCUCACAAUUUUCGAAUCAUAAUCAACCGGUUGCUAUUGAUGAACUAAUAGAAGAAUUGAAUGAGGAGUGUUAUCUUGAAGAGAAUAUAUUUUACGCUGAAAACGCAAAAAAACCAGUAAGAACAACACCCUCUAAAAUUGAUGAUAUAAAAAAAUGUGAAGAAGGUGAAAAGGCAGAUGGUAAAGACGUAGCUUUUCGACCUUUUCAAACUUUUGAUGAACAGUAUAAAAGCUUAUGCAAACAAAAUAUACAUGUUGAAAUGUUUUCAACAAAAGAUACUAAUGAUGAUAUAUUUUCUGUUAAUUUAAUGUCCAACAUGAAUGCUGAUAGAUUUACACGCGAAGAAUUUGAAAUUUUCGCGAAAAAUCUAAAGAAAUAUGGAGCAAGUGAACAGGAAAUUUCUGAAAAACUUAUUAUAUUAGCAAUACGAGCAAACUUAAUUGAAGAUAUUGCUAUAUGCUUAAGAACAUAUACAAACAUUUAUGAACGGAUUAUCGUAAGUGUACUAAAGUUUUCAUUACAAGGAAUAACAUUGAAAAACUUACCUGAUAUAACUGAUAAUUCUAAAACAAAUUCUGAAAAUGGGUUUAUUUUGAAAGAAUAUUCAUGUCCUAAUGAUGAUUUUCCUAAUGUUGAUAUAAGUUUAGGUAAACCUAAUAUAAUAGCAGUAUCGAAACCAUUCGACUUACUUAAUGUUGUACUUUCAUGUUCUUUUGAUGUUGAUUUAAUUUCAAAAUAUAUUCGAUCUGAAAUUGAAUUAGAGGAAGCAUUAAUUCUUAUGCAACAUUUAUAUAAUUUAAUUAAAUCAAAAGAAAUUUGUUUAGAAGAAAGGGCUGAUACAAGUAUAGAAUUCGAUGAAGAUUCUAAAAUUUUACAAUGGUUUGGAAUUAUAUUAAAUACACAUUUUCAAAAAUUAUCACUUUCACGUGACAUUGAAUUAAUUGAAUUAUUAAUGAAAUGGAAUGAAAUUAUAUUAAAAUUUAGAAGUGAGAUACUUGAAUUACAAAAUGUUGCAUCGUCUUUAUAUAAUUUAGUUGAAAGAAAAAAUCGUGUUCAAAAAAGUAAAUAUUCGAAAUGGUAUUCUGUAGAACGAAUACAAUUUUUUUAA